AUGGCUCUUCACAUCCUCUUCGCGUGGCUUGCUCUUUUCCUUCCUCUCCUCCUUUUCCUCUUCUCAGUGAAAAACUCCAAUAACAAAAAGAAGAACUUCCCUCCAGGGCCUCCACCACUCCCCAUCAUAGGCAACCUCCACCAGCUCGGCCAUUUGCCUCAUCAGUCUCUGUGGAAACUCUCCAGACGGUAUGGCCCCGUCAUGCUCAUCCGCCUCGGCGGUGUCCCUGCCAUCGUAGCGUCCUCCCCUGAAGCCGCUAGGGAGGUCCUCAAGACCCAUGACCUCGAUUGUUGCAGUCGCCCACGGCUAGUCACCACAGGACGCCUCACCUAUGACUCCCUCGAUGUGGCCUUCGUGGAGUAUGGCAAUUACUGGAGGGAGCUAAAGAAGUUGUAUGUGCUCGAGUUGUUCAGUGCAAAGCGAGUCCACUCCUUCCGAUACAUCAGGGAAGAGGAGGUGGGAUCUAUGAUCGAGUCGAUCGCAAAAUCAGCAGAGAGUGGAACUCUGAUUAAUUUGAGCCAGAAGUUCGUGGCUCUCACGGCAAACUUCACUUGCAGGGUUGCGUUUGGGAAGGCACUUCGCUGGGCGGAGUUUGAAGACGGAAGGUUCAUGCAUUUAACUCACGAGGCACUGGCGAUGUUGGGAAGCUUCUCGGCAUCUGAUUAUUUCCCUCGAUUCGGCUGGAUCGUGGACAGGUUCACGGGUCUCCAUUCGAGGUUGGAGAAGAGCUUUCACAAUUUGGACGAUCUCUAUCAGAAGGUGAUCGAAGAGCAUCGGAAUGCGAAUAAGAGCAACGAGGGAAAGGAGGACAUUAUCGAUUUGCUGCUGAAGAUGGAGAAAGAUCAGACUGAGUUCGCGGGGCUCCGGCUGAAGGAAGAAAAUAUCAAGGCCAUCUUGAUGGAUAUAUUUCUAGGAGGUAUGGACACUGCUGCAAUCAUGCUGGACUGGACAAUGGCCGAGCUCGUCAGGAACCCAAGGGCGAUGCGAAAAGCUCAAGAAGAGAUCCGGAGUUGCGUCGGAAACAAGAAAUGGGUCGUAGAAGAUGACCUUAGCAAACUCAAAUAUCUCAACUUAGUACUCAAAGAAGUGAUGAGGCUACACCCUCCAAGUGUGCUACUCCUUCCAAGGGAAACCAUGGACCAUUUCAAGCUAUAUGGCUACGAUGUGGACCCAAAGAGUCGUGUCCUGGUGAAUGUAUGGGGCAUCGGGCGGGACCCAGGCCUGUGGGAGCGCCCGGAGGAGUUCAUGCCGGAGAGGUUCGAGGAAAGUCCAAUCGAUUAUAAGGGGAAUUACUUCGAGUUGUUACCAUUUGGGGCGGGGCGGAGGAGAUGCCCUGAGAUGUCAUUUGCCAUGGCAACGGUCGAGCUGACGCUGGCCAAUGUCUUGCACUCCUUUGACUGGAAAUUGCCAGAGGGGAUGACGGAGAGAGAUGUGAGCAUAGAAGAAGGGGCUGGCAUAGCUGUGUUCAAAAAAGUGCCUCUCACUCUGUUGCCAGUAAAGGUAUCGCAUGAGGCCAAUGCAUGA